AUGACUGUCACACCGGACCCGACGGGCUAUGUCGGCAACCUCACGCCUACCCAAGAGGCCAAAUUGCGAGACCUUUGGGUGCUUCUGUUCACCUCUGCGGCCUCUGUUCUCUCGGCCGUGUACGAAGUCGACCUGCCAGAGGGCCCGCCGAACAAACUCUUCGAAGUCCUAGACAGAGUCCAUGAACCGACAGUCGGAGCCAUUGUCGCCGCACUGAAAGGCGAAACCGACCCCGAAUUCCAAGAUGCUCUCGAGACGAAUGGAGAAGCUCCCGUGACUAAUGGAGGAAACAAAGAGCAAAAGUCACUCGAUAAGAUGGACUCGCUCAUUAACAAGGACGCGGAGAACAACAUCAAGGCCGAGAUGGCAACGCGAAAGGUCUCACCGGAGCACUUCAAUGCUGUGUUUGCAUCACUCCGGAAAAUGGGUGUCCAAGACUCAGAGAUCAAAUCCAUGGAAAAAGUCCUUUCGCAGAUGACACCUGAGGAAAUGUGCUUUUCCAUCGUGAAAAUGAUCAAGCAGGAGCAUCCGGACAGUCUCCUGCUGCGCUUCCUGCGGGCCAGGAAGUGGGACGUUGGAAAGGGGUUCGCGAUGAUGAUGUCUAACAUCUUGUGGAGAAAGGAAGCUCAUGUUGACGAUGAUAUCCUGCCCAAGGGUGAAUUAUAUGCCCUCGAGCAAUCUCGAGACGAGAAGCUCUCUGCCAAAGAACAGAAAGAGGGAAAAGAUUUCAUUGCGCAGUUGAAGAUGGGGAAGAGUUUCCUGCAUGGGUUUGAUAAACAGGGUCGGCCGGUUAACUAUGUGCGAGUGAAGAUUCAUAAGCCUGGCGCCCAGAGUGAGGAGACGCUGGAGCGGUAUAUCGUUAAUGUUAUUGAGGCAACGAGGCUUAUCGUUGUUCCACCUGUCGAGACGGGGACUAUCGUUUUCGAUAUGACUGGGUUCUCCUUAUCCAACAUGGAAUAUCAACCAGUCAAAUUCAUCAUCAAGUGCUUCGAAGCAAACUACCCCGAAUCACUCGGCCAAUUACUGAUUCACAACGCACCCUGGGUCUUCUCCGGGAUCUGGAGACUAAUCCACGGCUGGAUGGACCCCGUCGUAGCCUCCAAAGUCCACUUCACCCGCUCGGUGUCAGACCUAGACAAGUACAUCUCCCGCGAUCAGAUCCCCCAGGAACUUGCCGGCGACGAAGACUGGACUUACAAGUACAUCGAGCCCGUGGCCGACGAGAACGCCGCCAUGAAAGAUACCGCCACUCGUGAUUCCCUCAUGUACGAGCGUAUGAUGAUUGGGUUGCGGAUGCUUGCUGCUACGGCUGCUUGGGUUUCGGCGACUACGUUUGCCGAGGGAAAGGAGGAUAAAGCGAAGGUUGAGGAGCUGCAGAAGAGGCGGACCGCUGUUGUUGAGGAGUUCAAGACCAAUUACUGGAAGUUGGACCCUUAUAUUCGGGCGAGAUCGAUGAUUGAUCGUGAGGGAGUCCUGAAGGCGAACGGGGAGGUUAUGACGGGGCAGAAUGGGAGCGCCAAGUGA